AUGCAGAGCCAAGUGGUCCACGACGGCGGCCCGGUCGAGUUUACGAAGGAGUCGCCGGCGCUCAAGCUUGACGUGCUCAAGACGUUCAACCGUGCACGCGCAUGCAACCUCCACCUGCCCCAUGGCACGGUGCACACGCCGGUCUUCAUGCCCGUGGGCACGCAGGGCACGAUCAAAGGCAUCACGACCGAGCAAAUGGCUAUGCCGCCGAUUGACUGCAAGAUCUUACUCGCCAACACGUAUCAUUUGGCUCUGCGCCCGGGCACCGACCUCAUUGACGACAUGGGCGGUCUUCACCAGUACAUGAACUGGAACCGCAACAUCCUUACCGACUCGGGCGGCUUCCAGAUGGUCUCGCUGCUCGAGCUCGCGCAAAUCACCGAAGUCGGCGUCGAGUUCCAGCAUUGCGCAUCAAAACACAUUGGCGCCGACAUCAUCAUGGCGCUCGAUGACGUGGCGCCGUCGACGAUCGAAGACGACGCACGGUUCCUCGAAGCCACGGACCGCACGAUGCGCUGGAUCGACCGGUGUAUCGCCGCGCACAAGAAGCCCCACUGCCAAAACCUCUUUGGCAUCGUCCAAGGCGGUCUCGACACGUCCGAGGGCGGUCUUCGCGACCGCUGCAUCCAAGGCAUGAUCGAACGCAACCUUCCGGGCUAUGCGAUCGGCGGUCUCGCCGGCGGCGAAGACAAGACGUCGUUCUGGAACGUGGUUGCCAUGUCGGCGGAGCGGCUGCCGGCCAACAAGCCGCGGUACCUCAUGGGCGUCGGCUAUCCCGUCGACCUUGUCGUAUGCUCGGCCCUUGGUGUCGACAUGUUCGACUGCGUCUACCCGACGCGCACAGGGCGUUUUGGCACGGGCAUCACGUCCAAGGGUCUCUUGCGGCUCAAGCUCGCCGAAUUUGCCAACGAUAUGGCGCCGCUGGACCCAGACUGCGCGUGCUACGUCUGCACCAAGUACACGCGCGCGUACUUGCAUCAGGUCAUGAAGACGGAAGGGUCGAUUGGCCCGCAGCUCGUGACAUACCACAACAUUACGUACAUGCUGCACCUCAUGUCGAACGUGCGGGCCGCGAUCCUCAACGAGGCUUUUCCCGCCUUUGUGCGGGCCUUUAUGAAGGCGUGGUUCCCGACCGAGCCCGUCCCUACGUGGGUCGUCGAGGCGCUUCUCGUCGCUGGCAUCUCGCUCGACGAAGCGUAAGCACGCAUCCCGAGAUGAUCCGACGAGGAACGUGUGCCCCGAGACAGAUAACCUGCACGAAUACCAACUGUAUAAACAGUUUGUGGAUUUGCUAGCCUACUGCAAUG